AUGAUUACUGUGAUUCCUCGGUUGGAGCUGGUUCUCGAUGAAUUAUCAUGCAAGGGAAACACCAUUCCUAUUUAUACGGAAUUUUCUUCAGACUGUAUUACUCCAAUGAUGGCAUACUUGCGUCUGACUGCCGCAUCAUCUCCAAUAAAUUCUUUUCUCUUUGAAUCCGUUCUUGGUGGUGAAAAGAUUGGAAGAUACUCGUUUGUUGGUGCUGAGCCUCGUCUUGUAAUCCGCACUGGAGACAAUGAACCCAUUUCUGGUGACCCUCUUAAAGUGGUCGAGGAUGAACUCAAAUCUACAAGAUUUGUUCCUGUACCUGGCUUACCAGAUUUUACUGGUGGAGCAGUUGGCUUUAUUUCGUAUGACUGUGUCAGGUACUUUGAGCCAAAAACUGCACGGUCGUUGGAGGAUCCGUUGGGUAUUCCAGAUGCCGUUUUUAUGUUUUGCGAUACAAUCUUGGUGUUUGAUCAUCUGUUUGGAAUUUUGCGGAUCGUAUCUCAUGCAAAAUGGACCGAUCUCAACCCAUCUCAAGAGACCAUAAAGACAGCUUAUAAUACUGCUCAAGCCAACAUCAAACGAGUAGCAGAUGUUCUACUAUCCGAACAUGUUCCCAAAAUCCCUCAACCACCUAUCGUGACAGGUGAACCCAGUGUUUCUAAUAUUGGAAAAGAAGGAUACGAAUCACAUGUGCUAAACCUCAAGGCUCACAUUAUGGAUGGAGAUAUCAUUCAAGCAGUGCCCUCUCAGCGUAUCAAAAAAAGAACAACACUACAUCCGUUAAAUGCAUACCGCAAGUUGCGCACGGUGAAUCCGUCUCCUUACAUGUUUUAUGUGGAUCUUGGAGACUUUCAAAUUGUAGGAGCAUCGCCUGAAAUGCUAGUGAAGGUGGAAAACCGAGUAGUCUACACCCAUCCCAUUGCAGGAACUCGUCAUCGUGGCAAGACGCCUGCGGAAGACGAUGCAUUAGCAACCGACUUGAUUAAUGAUUCCAAGGAGCGAGCAGAGCAUAUAAUGCUAGUAGAUCUAGGUCUUAAUGAUGUCAAUCGAGUCUGUGAUCCAAACACAGUCAAGGUAGAUUCAUUAAUGCAUAUUGAGCGAUAUGCUCAUGUAAUGCAUAUUGUGAGUAAUGUAUCGGGUACACUCAGACAGGACAAGAGUCGGUUUGAUGCCUUUAGAUCUAUUUUCCCAGCAGGGACGGUGAGUGGAGCACCCAAAGUUCGGGCAAUGGAGUUGAUUUAUGAGUUGGAGAAGGAGAAACGAGGAGUGUAUGCAGGAUCGGUUGGAUAUUUUUCAUAUUCGGGAGGACUGGAUACAUGUAUUGCUAUCCGUACAAUGGUGUUCAAAGACGGAUAUGUGUACAUGCAAGCAGGAGGUGGAAUAGUACAUGACAGUCAGCCAUGCGCAGAAUAUGAGGAAACCAUCAACAAACUACGAUCGAAUGUCAUUGCACUGGAAGCAGCAGAAGCCCAACACUAUUCGCUCCAAAAGGAAAAUGUUGAAUAAAAAUAUCAACUUUAUCAAAUAAAAA